AUGUGCGAGUUUCAAGGGAAGAGACGUAAUCAAGGAAUGGGUGUAUUUGAAGGAACCCUUGCAUGCGUCCCUAAGAAUUCGAAAGGGACUCAGUCAGAAAAGUUUUUUAUUGUGCUGGUGUCAAUGACCUCUGUGGAACACACCGGGUAUGGUCCUGUUCUUACACAAAGUGAUAUGGGCAACGAGAACAGUAACCUGGCUAGGGCACAUAGCUUCUUGCACCAAUGGGCCGACAAGGACUUGGACAAUACCUUGCAGCACCGAUGGAUGGCAGAGAAGAAAAACAUUCCUUCAGAAAUCAGUAUGGACUUUGGCUAUGAAGGAAUCUUUCAGUUUGGCAUUGAGCAAGGCUGGUAUGACCCGAAGGUGCCUCUGGAAGCAUACGUCUCUUCUCUUUAA